AUGUUUAUUUAUGACAGAAUAUGUCGUGAUUUAAACACUAUCUUUGUCGAUUUUUGGAAAGCGAAAGAUGUUACUCAAAGAACAGUUAGCACAAUCAUGUUAUCAUUUGGAGCUUAUAGUGCGAUAUUGUUUGGUUCAAUUUCUCUUAUCGUUAUCAUUAGUUUUGCUAUUUUAUUCGCGUUACCUCUUCGACGGCUGGCUAUGUUGCUGGACUCCAUCUUUCAUUUUAAGGAAGUACGAAAUAUUGGUGAUGAUUACGUUGUUAUCGACGUCUGUGGUGACAAAUUCGAAAUAUUGAAAACAUUUUCGAGUCGUUUUCCUUUCGUAUCUGCAGUCGGAAUGUGCCUCUUAGUAAUCAUUCUAGUAUUUAUCGAAGGUUGUGUGUUUUCUACACGGCACGUCUAUUCGAAAAAGUUAUGCUCUGAUCGAAUACCAAAUUGUUAUCUAUUCAAAUCGCGAUUCACAUCAUUCACACCAAUGUACGAAUUUGUUUGCGAAGCCGAUAAACCAAUUAUACCCAGCAAUAUGUCAGCGAGUUAUGCCGUAUGUUACGGUUUCGUUCUUCCUGACCAAUCAACAAUUGAUAUACUCAAUCAACUCGGUGUUUGCACAGGUAUACUAUCGCUAAUCGAUUCCCUGUAUCCGCUUGCUUACAAAUUUGCACGUUUACGGCAUGGACGUAUAUGUAUGAUAUUACUAUUUAUUGUGAUGGUAAUCGUCGAAAUCAUUGUAUUAGCGAUGCAGUUAAACAUAUCGUUUAUGACAAUUAUUUUACUGACAUUAACUGAAGCUUUGUUUAUCAAUAUUUUUAUUUUGCAGUACAGAAAAGUAAAAAGGCCUGCUAAUCUAAGUCGUGUUGGAUCGUACAUUGAAAUGAGAGAUGUUUAUUAA